AUGUCUCUAAACUACAUCAAGAACUUCUACGAAGGAUGUGUUAAACCUCCAACUGUGGUUGGCCAGUUCCACACCCUCUUCUUCGGCUCUGUGAGGAUGUUCUUCCUUGGAGUGCUGGGCUUUGCAGUUUACGGGAACGAGGCUUUGCAUUUCAGCUGUGAGCCAGACAAAAGAGAGAUAAAUCUGUUCUGUUACAAUCAGUUCAGGCCAAUAACUCCCCAGGUGUUCUGGGCAUUACAACUAGUGGUUGUCCUGCUUCCUGGAGCUAUUUUCCACCUUUAUGCUGCAUGUAAAAGCAUCAAUCAAGAAUGCAUUCUUCAAAAGCCUGCGUACACUGUGAAUUACAUCCUCUCGGUCUUGUUAAGGAUCAGCCUGGAGGUGGUGGCGUUUUGGCUUCAGAUUCACCUCUUUGGCUUCCAGGUGAAGCCUCUAUACUUGUGUGAUGCUGAAUCCCUCGGUAAAAAAAUAAAUGUUGUAAAAUGCAUGGUUCCAGAACACUUUGAAAAGACUAUUUUUCUCAUUGCAAUGUACACUUUUACUGUAAUCACCAUGGUAUUGUGUGUUGCUGAGAUUUUUGAGAUCAUAUUCAGAAGAUCAUGCUUCCUAUUUAAACAAUGA